AUGAAGCUGCUUUCUGCAAUCCUCCUGAAAGGUCUCGAGAGCAAUCUGCAAUGCACUGAUGUGAUUGAUGGUAAUUCUGGAGAGGCACCCAAGGAGAAGUUCAUAAAGUUUAAACCACCAUUGUACAGACAGAGGUACCAGUUUGUUAAAGAUAUAGUGGAUCAGCAUGAACCCAAGAAGGUUGCAGACCUAGGCUGUGGUGAUACUUCGCUCAUAAGGCUGCUGAAAGUCUACCCAUGCAUCGAGGAGCUCGUCGGCGUAGACAUUGACGAGGAUAAAUUGCGGUGGAGAGGGGAUCAGCUGUCUCCCUUUCUGGGCGACUUCCUAAAGCCACGGGAUCUGGAUUUGACCAUCACGCUGUACCAUGGCUCCGCAGUGGAGAGAGACUCUCGUUUGCUUGGCUUCGAUUUGAUAACAUGCAUUGAGCUGAUAGAACAUUUGGAUUCUGGUGAUUUGGCCAGAUUUCCUGAAGUGGUGUUUGGCUACAUGUCUCCGGCCAUGGUUGUCAUCAGCACCCCGAACUCGGAGUUCAACCCCUUGUUUCCAACAGAGACCCUAAGAGAUUCAGACCAUAAGUUUGAGUGGAACAGAAUGCAGUUUCAGACCUGGGCUUUGUAUGCGGCGAGUCACUAUGGUUACUCCGUGGAGUUCACCGGUGUUGGGGAACCGCCUGCUGGAGCCGAGAGUGUGGGGUACUGUACCCAGAUAGGCAUCUUCCGGAAAAAUGAAGGCAAGGUGACUGAGGCGAGUGUUUCGGAGCAGUGCCAGGAGCGGGCUUACAAAGCUGUUUUCACAGCUUCCUAUCCAAGCCUGCAGCAGGAACGGUUCCUCAGACUUGUGCUCGUGAAUGAGGUGUCCCGGCAGGUGGAGAGCUUGCGGCUGAAGCAUCUGCGGAAGCUGAAGGAGGAGGAGGAGAGGAUGUUGGGCGUCAAGCCCCCUGAGGUGGACAGUGACUUCCCAGCCUUUGGGCCAGUCUUCACAGAAGCUGAAAAAGCCAGGAUAGAGAAUUCCCCCAAGCCCUUUGUUUUGGGAACAAAGUUUUUGGUGCCCCUGCAGAGACUCAUGGCUUAUCCCAAAUUGUGCCGCAUAUGCCCCAGUGAGGACAUGAUGCGGUCACUCAUUGAUGACUGCGUGUGUCUGAGCAGCGAUGCAUCUGCUGUGGUGGUUGACCUGCACGAUUAUUAUGAUUAUCUGUUUGAUUUUUGAGCCACCCUUAUUUCCUGAAAUUCAGGGUUUUGGUAAUAGUUAGGCUUGUUUAAAUUUAUAACUUGCUGUGUAGUCAUAAUUCAAGUGACCUUUUUUUUUUCCCUAAAAGUUAUACCCCCAAAGUCAUGUCCUAAGCCAGUGGAUGGUAACUCUGACACAGAGCCAGGCUCCCCUUACAUAAGGAGGAUAUUAGGGUUUAGCUAAAGAUGGUGGUAGGUUUUCCUUUGAAUUCAGAAAUUUUGUUUUCUCAGGAAUGAAGAAAUUGGAAGUUGCAGUAUGUUGUUUUUUUUUUUUUAACUUACCCAUAUAUUUUUAUGUUGGAAUAUGUUAUAUGUGACAUUAAACUUUUUAAAAGAAA